AUAACAUAAUCCAUCAUUAUUUUGCAUUUAUUAGUCCAUUAAUUAGGGCCUUGUCUGAAGGUAGAAAAGGAACCAAGUAACUGAAGGAGGCACACGGUGUUCUUCAAUCAAUCAAGAAUCGAAGAAGAAAUCAGAGAAAUAUAAAUGGAAGAAGGAGACAGGAGGAGCAGGGAAGAAGGAAGCAGCAGGUACACUCUGCAACCCUCACGAAUCUGCAACGAAGACAUUCUCUUCUGCAUCGACAUCGAUCCUCAAUCUCUCGUCGAGAUGAAAACCGCCACCGGACACAACGGCAGACCCCUCACCCGCUUGGACUCCAUCAAGCAAUCCAUCCUUCUCUUCGUCCAUUCCAAGCUCACCAUCAACCCCGAUCACCGCUUCGCUUUCGCCACUCUCUCCAACACCGUCUCAUGGCUGAAGAAAGAUUUUAGCAGUGAUGUUGAAUCAACAAUGGCAGCAAUGAGGGGUCUUUCAGCUACCAAUAUCAGUACCCAACCAGACCUCACCAAUUUGUUCAGACUUGCUGCUCAUGAAGCUAAGAAAUCGCGUGCCCAAGGUCGCAUUUUAAGAGUGAUUCUAUUCUAUUGCAGAUCAAAUGUGCGCCCACAGCAUCAGUGGCCUGUGAACCAGAAGCUCUACACUCUGGAUGUCAUGUACCUUCAUGACAAGCCUGGACCUGAGAAUUGCCCUCAGGAGGUCUAUGAUACACUGGUGGAGGCUCUUGAACAUGUUAGUGAGUAUGAGGGCUAUAUCUUGGAGAGUGGACAGGGGUUAGCGCGUGUUGUUUUCCGUCACGUGUUAAUACUGCUGUCACAUCCUCAGCAGCGCUGCAUUCAAGAGAACAUUGACAUCCCGAAGUCACUUGCAAAGAAGGCUCCUCAGGGGGAGCCAAUGGCUACUGAAGAGAAUGCUCCUGUUUCCACCCAAUGAGAAGUAUGUCAUUGCAUGAUAAGUUUUAGUUCUCUCAUGUUAUGUAGGUUGUUGGUUUCAUUUGUGUGGCUUAUAUUGUAAAAAGAUGUUGAUCUUACAAGCAGUAUCUUGCAUUGUAUGCCCUGAUAAUUUUCUGUAAAUCAUGCAUAUCUGUAUUUUGUUUGAAAAUUUUAAAUGGAUUUUCAAUUUGUCA